AAUGGUUGACCCAGAACAGACUGAUGUCAAGCAAAUAGCUUUGAUAGUGCAGCCUCACGGUGAUGGCCAUAAGGUGAGAGUGGAAACGGCCCUGAUAAUCGAUGCGGUGACCCUAUUCUACGAGACACUUUAUGACCUUACUAUUGACCAGAAGAAGAUUUUGAAAGCACUGCCACUAAGCUGUAAAUCUACAAACAGUUGGAAUGACGGUUAUACCAUAAUAAACUUGAUGAAAUCGAAAUCUACACAAGGCAUAACGGGACUUGUGCAGUUUGAUGUGGAAGGUUUCCGAAGAGAUUUCAAAAUAGACGUACUCGAGUUAUUCCCGGAUGGAUUGCUCAAAAUUGGAGAGUGGAAUUCGUCUGUGCGAAAUGUUCAUUUGAAUCGACCAGAUAGAGCGAAAUAUGGAAGUGGUAAACCAGGAGACAAUAUCUUCAACAGGACAUUUACUGUACUGAUAAGUAUA